AUGUUGACAUUCAUGUCUUAUCGAGAGAUCUGGCUGCAUAUCAAGAUCUUCUUGAUUCAUAUGGAAUAAAAGAUUAUCGGUUCAGUCGUGAUAUUCCGUUGUCAAAACCUGAGCUUAUUGGACGUAUUUUUAUACGAGUAAUUUGGGCAUCAGUUCUUGCUACGAUCUCUUCAGUAGGAAUAAUACUUUGGCUACCAAUAUUUACAUGCGUAAAGUAUAAAGAAUAUCAGAUUCGUAAAUUGCCCAAGGAAGAUAAUUAUGAUGAAAUAACCCAAUAUAAAUUGCUUAUUUCUACAAUGCUGCUUAUCCCAAUUUAUAUAACAGCAGUGUUUUUGACAUUGCCAUUUGCAUUUAUUACUUUGUGGCUAAUUCCUCUAUUAAUGUGGUUAACAAUUCGUUGGACAGAAGACUUAUUUCAAGCUAUGAGAUCUUGUCUCUCUCUCACAAAACUUCUUUUACUUCCCAAAGGAGAAUAUGAUCAUAUCAAAAGUAUACGCGAAAAUAUUAAAGAAAGAGUACAAAUUUUGGCGGUGAAUGAACUUGGUCUUCCGGAGAAUCCGGAAAUAUUGGUGAGCAAAUCGAAGCCGAGAGGAUUGGGUUAUUUUUCGAUCAAAAAAAGAAGAAAGAAAGAUUACAAUGAAGUUUUAAGGCUUUGGGAUGUGUCAGCAUAUGAUUAA